AUGAAGGCCCUUAUUCAAUUACUCAUUAUCGGGGCAUGGGCCCCGAACCUUGUCUUUUCUGCGAUCGUGGAUGGCAGGCUCAGUAUUACAGAGGGAAAUGCUCCAGCGCUCAUCACAUCUGCGAUCGCAGAUAACAGGGUCAGCAUCACAAAGAGAACUGAAGAAUGGACACCUAAUGAACUGGUGGUAAUUGCUAAUAAUGGAUGCUUCAAAAUGAUUGAAGAGAACAUGGACAAGAUUCCCGAUUGGGUUCAGAAAUACAAAGAUUGGGAAGCUUUGGCACUGCAGGACACUGCUAGUGGAAAGAGUCUCUCGGCUCGGUACGGAGAAGAAAAGCUUGGCAUGCCUCACUGGUUUUGCGAUCCCGAUAAUGGCUGCUCUUCACUGCCAAGUCCUCUGAAGAUUCUGCAAUUCGUGGAUGCCACCGAACCGGGCAUGCCUCGGGAUAAGAGGGUCGAAGAAGCUCAGGGAAGAUACUGGGCCGCUAUGAGCUACUACAUGGUCUUCCGCACUGGAACUCACACACUAAAUGCGCUCAAACGUGCCCAGGAUUUUGUGCUACCCAGGAUCGACACUAUCAUUGGGGACUUUACCAAGCAAGGCAACAGUGAGGCAAUUCUCAAAUGCAAGAUCAAAACCUUUUUUAUUGAUAUGAUAUAUCAAUUCUCGACCAAAUUCCUCAGAAUGAGCUUAGCUAAGCUAGUCAAAAUUGAAGGUUCCGGUGGGGGACCAUGGACUUCGUUCAACAAGCUCGAUCCAUUUCAAUACGGCACUCUCUUGAAGAAGAUCCUGGAUUUUGCAUUGCCAAUGGAGCAUACUUACAAGUAUAAAAAGUUUGGAGCAGGCAAUGAUGGAGAAACUUCUAUCGACUUUUUGCGCCUCACAAGUAUGACAUAUACGAGUGAUCUUUACUGUGGCCACAUAGAUGGUCAGGCUGCUGAUGGAAGCGAUAUUGGGUCUCGUAUCAGCGAUUCCAAAUACCACAUGAGUGAGAUCAUGAAGCAAUACAUCAAAAACAUUAGUGACGUCUUCAGAGCGCUCAACGGAUUUGGAGAAGCCCAUUUUGAUCAAAAGAUGAGCGAUUGGAUGUUCAACGCCAAUUAUGAGGAGAUCGUUCACCGACUCGACCGCGUUGACAUUUCCGAGGAAGCUCAAAAUUUCAGUCACACCCUCUCAGGCUAUUUUAUUUCUGCUGGUUGGGCUAGCAACAAAUGUUACAUGAAGUGCCAACCCAAAAUGUUUCGACCACAUGUUCAGAAAAGAUGCCACGAUGAGAAGUUUGCCGCAGAUAGAUUCUGUCCUGACGAUGCGCCUGAUACAUUGUGUCAAGUCAACUGUUACACGAUGCUGGACUCUGGAAAUCAUGAGAAGAAACUCAUCGGCAUCGAACAGCUCGGCAAGCAUGGCUUUGAUAUAGAAAAUGUCAAGAGAGACUCUUGGGAAAACUAUAAAGAACUGAAAAGACUCAAAAAACCCCAGAUAGAUUACGUCAAUGGUAAGGAGUUUACGUUCGGCGCAGAAAAUAAAUCAGCCCUCGUUCUUUCUGUAUCUGUUUCCAGCACCAACAAAAUCUCAGACAAGCCCGUCAGAUCUUACAACUUCCCAUGUUUCAGUGGCCAGGACUAUAGAGGUCUCGAUACUGAACAGCACUUGAUUAAUAUGAAUAUGGGAUUUGGUUCUACUGAUUGGGGAGGAGGAAAGAAAGGAAAUGCUCGUGCUUGGGAGAUGUUCCAACAGCAAUGUCCAGAACAAACCCGUAAAAUGCCACCCCUUACUCGCUAUCUCAACAUAAUUUGCGGACAACGACUCAAGUGGCCCGAAAGAAUAGCCAGAGAUGGACUUGUACACCGCCGAGUCAUGCAACCGGACAUCGAAGGAAAGAACUUCGAAACCUGCAAAACACUCCGGGAAAAAACCGAAGACAUGGACGAAGAAACCGCAAAUUAUCUUUUCUGCAACGGAUACUGGCCCGAAUCCUCCAAAAUUUUCGGCAACGAGAAACCGUGGAUUUAUACCGAUUGGAACGCCCGUUGGCAUCGUGGUUCCGGACUCAAAUUCAUGUAUAACCAUAAACUCAGAUGUUACCUCCAUCGAUCGAGCCAUCGAAAGUUCCGACCCGAUCAGAAGUGGCUGGAUAUGAAUUGGAUUGCGGACCCCUCGAAGGUGGUGGGUGAUGGGAAUAAUCCCAAUGGUACGGUGUUGGAGUUGGACCCUGAAGAGGCGAAGGUGAUGGAAGAAUUGCCUGAUGAUGCGGAAGAUAUUGAUCCCGAGGCGACGGAGAGGUUGAGACAUAUUAUUGAGGAGUUGAGUAAGGAGAUUAUGAAGAGCAAGUCCAAAGAGUCAAACUGA